AUGGGAUUCGGCAAUCAGACAAUCAUGCAGCUUGCAAAGUUUCAAACAAUAGGCUCGAACGACAGCGGGAGGAACACUCAAUGGGAUUGGGUAGAGACUGGAAGAGGCACCGGUGCACCUAGCGACCUGGCUACAUCGUCCACUCGCCGUCUGAACGCCUUCCACUUCGCACCUCCAGCCGUGAGCAUCGCGGCGUGGUCGUUCACGCUCUCGAGCGGGGUGUUGAGCUUCAAGAAUGGGUUCGCAACAGAGAGGCGCCGUGGAGCACAGGGCAAAGACACGCACCGAGAUGGCGGCUCGGUUUACCAUCACUCCAACAGUGACGGUGCAACAUCCCUUGCGAUGACGCCGCCUCGCAAGCACUGUCACCCGCGCGUGGCAAAACGAAACAUCAGCCCGAAAUUGCCGUUGCCGUCCCCAGCACGUAAAAGGGCCGUCCACCAUCAAGAGUAG